AUGCCUUUCGAUUUUAAUGGCAAGAAAGUUCUUGUUACGGGAGCUGGAGGAGGGAUCGGACGUGCUUUAGCUAUAGCUCUAAAUGAAGCUGGUUGUAAGGUUUAUGCUCUCAGUCGUACCAAGUCUACUCUCGACUCUUUAGUAGCUGAGCAUCCUAAGAUUGUUCCAAUUAUUGCUGACGUAUCCAACUGGAAUGAUACCAGAAGAAAGCUUGAAGAUUUAGAACCGCUCGAUGGUUUGGUCAACAACGCCGGGAUCCUUGAAGAGAUGUGUCCUGCAAUAGAUUGUCCAAAAGACAAUAUCGUUACAGUAUUGAACACUAAUUUGCUGGGCGCAAUAAAUUGUGCACAAGUAGUUGCGAAGAAAAUGAUUGAUUCAAAAGUAAAAGGAUCUAUCGUGAAUAUUUCAAGUGUGGCCGGAAUAGGUGCGUUUCCUACUAACUUGUCGUACAAUGUUUCAAAAGCAGGACUGGACAUGGUAACAAAGCAAUUUGCACUUGAACUUGGACCAUACCAGAUAAGGGUGAACUCAGUCAAUCCUACGCUUGUCAUGACACCCCUAGUUACAAAUCUAAAGGAAGGAUUGGCGUACGAAAAGGUUUUCAAUGCCAGGACACCAAUGAGUAGAGUUGCAAAGGUGGAGGAAAUUGUUGGGCCGAUAUUAUACCUUCUAAGUGACUAUUCAAGUAUGGUUAGCGGUCAGAUGCACCCAGUUGACGGGGGACUGCUGUCCAAUAUAGCAGUCAAAGUAUAA